AUGAGAUCCUUCUUCAAGAAACCAGACUGGGCCAAGUUGGACGGUAUUCUGGGGCAGUCGGCUGAAUUCUACAAGCGCUCUGAACAGGUCCUCACAGAUAUAAUAUCUAAGCAACCAGAAGACGAAAAUGAAGAAGAUGAUAACGACAAGGUGGACGAGGAGAAUCGGCAGGGGGAACAACGACAAGAUUCGCACCUAUGCGGCUCCAAAAGACGUCGCCUCUCAAGGGAGGAGAGUAAGCCUCCCUCAUUGUCGACAAGGUCAUCGAAGACGGCCCUCGAGACGGGAGAAACGAGGGAUACCAAGGAAACACUACAGCCACUGCCAGAAGCAGUUUCACAUGAGCAGGCAAAGAGUCCUCCUAGGAAAUUAGACAGCGUACUACCUGCUGUGGUAGAGGUCGAUUCAGAUGGCGAUUCAGAUUAUUUACAGCCCAAACCACCAACAAGUCGAUUAUCGAACCAUGAACUGUAUGAGGGCAAGGAUGGUAAUAAUGACGAGGAUGAUGGUGAUGAUGACGACCUAUACCCAGAAGAAGAAUAUCCCGAACUAGCACGUAAAGCCCGCGAGAGAGCACGACAACAUGCUACCAUCUCAGAGGGCAACUCUGUCCAUAAUACAAAUGCAGCACUUGGAAAUCACAGAACAACCCAAUCCCAAGCUUACAAUAACAUAUCUACAGCAUCCAUCAACAAACCCCCAGAUGAGCCCAGCAAAGACUCAGGCCCAAAAGUCAAAAUUCUUAUAACUUCAAACAUCCCAGAUACCAGGCCGCUAAUAGUGCAACGGCGGCUGCACCAGGACCUGCGGGACGUGCGCAGAGCCUGGUGUCACCGCCAGGGAUUUGAUGUGGAUCAGACUGCGACAGUGUUUCUCACAUGGAAGGGGAGACGGCUCUUUGACGUCACGACGUGCAAGAGCCUUGGCGUCCAGGAUGAGAGAGAAAAGCUACCACUACCAUUAAGGGAUUACUAUGAUGACUCAGUCGACGACAGCUCGAUAGCAGUGCACAUGGAAGCGGUGACGGAGAAGCUAUUCGAAGAGCAGAAACGACAAUUGAAAAAGGCAUCCCUCCGUGAGUCAAGGAAAUCAGCAGUAGGAGAACUCGAAGCGGAAGACGACAACGACGACAAUGAUGAAUCAGAAGUCCAAAUAAUAAAAGAAAAGGAAAAAAUGCUUUUUCUGACCUUGAAAUCUCCCGGCCUUGAGGAGCUCAAGGUCAAAGUUCGCUCCAAAACACUUAUCUCGGCGAUUAUCAAGAGAUUUUACGAGCAGAGAAGGAUACCCGCCGACAGGAAGAUUCAAUUGAUAUUCGAUGGUGAUGAGUUGGAUCCGGAAUCGACGGUGUCGGAUAAUGAUAUAGCGGACCUCGAUGCGAUUGAUGUGCGAAUUAAGUGA